UAUGGUUCCGGUUUGGGGGGGAGAGCUGUCGUGUUGGCAUUACCUGAAUAACCCGGUUCGGAGCGGGUGAUGAAAUUAUGUGUAAACAGCAAUGGGUUCUGCUCUGUGCAUCUGCUCGCGAGGGGUUCUAACCAUUGACAAUAAGCGCUACCUCUUCAUCCAGAAGCUCGGUGAAGGGGGCUUCAGUUACGUGGAUCUGGUGGAAGGGGUGCAGGACGGCCGCUUUUACGCAUUGAAGCGUAUAUUAUGCCACGACCGCGACGAUCGCAAGGAAGCUCUGCACGAGGUGGAGAUGCACCGGCUUUUUAAUCACCCCAAUAUCCUGCGCCUGGAAGCGCAUUGCAUGAUCGAGAAAGGGUCCAAGUGGGAGGCAUGGCUGCUCCUGCCCUUUGUCCAGAGAGGAACGUUAUGGAACGAAGUGGAAGCUCUAAGGGACAAAAAUACAUUUCUGCCGGAAGAUAGGAUUCUGCACAUUCUGCGCGGUAUAUGCCUGGGACUGAAAGAAAUGCAUGACCGUGGAUACGCACACAGGGAUCUGAAACCCACUAAUGUCUUACUAGAAGAUGAUGACCGGCCGCUGCUGAUGGAUUUGGGCUCUAUGAACCAUGCUCGCAUUGAGGUGACAGGGUCCCGGCAGGCAAUGGUCGUGCAGGACUGGGCUGCCCAGCGCUGCACUAUUUCCUACCGAGCUCCGGAAUUAUUCAACGUGGAGAGCAACUGCGUGAUUGACGAGAGAACUGACGUCUGGUCUCUCGGUUGCGUGCUAUUCUCCAUGAUGUUUGGGGAGGGACCCUACGAUAUGAUUUUCCAGAAAGGUGACAGCGUGGCACUGGCCGUCCAAAACGAUAUCUCUAUUCCGCCUAAUGACAGGUACUCGCAGAGUCUGGAGUCUCUGCUUUCAUCCAUGAUGGUGGUGAAUCCUCAAGAGAGGCCUUUCAUCUCCACUAUACUUGCCCAGGUGGAGGCCUUGGUGUCUGUCGUCGAUGGACAGGCCACUACUAGGAUAUGAUGUCGCAG